AUGACUGUUAAACGAAUCGUGAAAGCGAUAAAGUUUUCUAAAGCUUUUAAAGUAUACAUUGUAAUUCCUCUUUAUAGUGAGGGGAUACCUGGUUCAUCAAAUUUACAAGAAAUUUUACAUUGGCAAUAUCAUACGUUAAGAUACAUGUUUAAAGAAAUUAAUAGAAAUUUAAGGCUUUAUAAAUCUUCAGCUUCAGUAGAAGAUUACUUACGAUUUUUCUUUCUCGGAAAAAUCGAAACUCCUCCAAAAACACAGGCUCCUCAGAUUCCUGCGCAUCAAAUAUAUGUACACAGUAAAUUAAUGAUAAUCGACGAUUAUUAUUGUUUGAUUGGUAGCGGUAACAUUAAUGAUCGUUCAUUAAAUGGGUCCCGCGAUACUGAAUUAUCUGUAGGCGUUUCACAAGCAUAUUUCACACCGUACCAAGAAAACGGAGAAUGGGCGUUACCAAAAGCCGACAUAUAUGGAUUUAGAGUUCUUCUAUGGGUAGAACAUUUUGGGGAAUAUUAUGAUUGGAUGGACAAUCCAGGAUCUCAAGCAACCUGGGAUAAAGUCGUUGAAAUUGCGACUGAAAAUUAUAAAGCUUAUUUGAAUCCAGAAAUAUAUUCAAAAGAAAAACAUUCUUUUAUCAUGACAUAUCCACUAAAUAGCCAAAAUAUAGAAUUAGAAGAAGAUAUAAAAAUUCCGCAUUUUCAAGUUUCAAUUAAAGGAAAUAAAAAUAGAAUAAUGCCAGAAGGAAUUACUACGUAA